AGCUAAAUCGAUCCUAAAAGCAUAUUACACUAAACUACAAUCCAAUGGUGUUAGAAUUCCUUCCAGACAUAAACCAGUAGUAGAAACUAAGCAAGGUGUGAAAUCCCAUCCAACAUAUUACUUUGGUCAGCCAACCGCUAACAAUCCAUUUAAUAUAAAAAAUGCGCAACACAAUCAUCAUUGAUGACUACAGCAACGACAAACUACUCCAGAAGAAUCUGUUUUCUCACUACUUUACUCGUGGUCGCCAUUUCAAAUGGAGUACCAUUUUCCUUAGUCAUAGCUACUUUGCCACUGACAAGAUGAUUAGAUUGAAAACAGAGUAUGUAUCUAUUUUAAAUGCUAAUUCCAAGCGUGAUUUGGUCAUGGUGGUGGCUUUGUUGUAGUAGUAUACGAUACUACGUUCAUCAACUUCCGGUAUAUUGAAGUCCUUCACAUAAUAUUACGAGAAGAGUCGACAAUUAAGGCCUUACUCGCUUGAGCAGUGCCAGCAGUUGUGUCAACAUAGUUAAUUUCUGAGCCACUUGCUGUAAUCAAAACACCCCCGAGCGAUAGGCCAGUUGUUAAUCCAUCAUGCGACGCGAUAUUCAAUGAAUUCACUGAAGUAAUGUUUGGCUGACUCGAUGUUUGGAUCGUUCCUGCU